AAUUACAAUAUUGCCUCCGAAAAUUGCAAUUCCUGGCUCCUCCACUUCGUACACCCCGAUAGUCUCUCGUCACCAGAUUCCCAACGCUGAUCUGGUCCGACACCAAAGCCGCCAAUCUUGGCACUUGUUAUCAAGUCAGCAAUUGCGUCCGGCCUACCACAACUGGCUUCAGCUCUCAGGAAUUUACCACCAGCUUCCUUCAAGUCAUCCUCAGCUUUGGUGCGCUUUCCGGGGCUUUCCGCGAGUUCUGGUAGCUUCUUCCGGCGGCGAUGGAUGGAUACCAGCGGUCACGCCAAGGAGGGGGAAUCAAUAAUGAGUAUUCUGGCUAUGGCGGGUACGAUUAUAGCGACACUCGGGAAAGACCUGCAUACGAGGAGAGAGACAGACGGAGGAAUGAACGGGACCAGGAUCGAAGUGGAUACGCUGGUUAUGGGGGAAGCGAUUACGGUCGAGAUGCUAGACAGCAGCUGCCCCCUCGAUCACAGCAACGGGAGCCCGCUCCCAACAACUCGGAAUGGAUGAGUGACCAACAGGGCUACUAUGGCAGAGAUGUGAACCGGGGGGGAAAUGAUCAGACCCCGCGUGGUAAACCAAGACAGAAUGGGGUGAAGAAUUAUGGUCCUGGUACUCGAAGGCUGGAAGGUGCGGGGGGAUUCCAUCUGUUUUUUUUUUCCCUUCUCGCGGGAUCGAGGGUGGAAUACUGAGUUCCGUCAACUGGCUACGUUUAGAUAUUCUCCAACUUAUUGAGAAGGAUUGGGAUUUCAUGACACUUGACAGCUGUGUCCCCGUCAAAGUAGCCUUGCAGCUUAUGGAUACCAGCUCGUUGGGGAGGGCUUACCAGUACGAUAGCUACCGGCAAACGCAUAAUCAACUUCAACGUGCGCUGCAAUCUAUCGUGAACGGUACGUACCCUCUCCUGGAAUUGCUUCCCAACAGCUUCGUGGGCAGGGACUGAAGAAGGGGGGGGGAAAUGGAAAUAUUAGAUCACCAUCAGGGUUUCAAUAGUUCCAUAGGGACGUUUCACAGCAUAAUGAGGAGUAUAACAACGUCACAGUCGAAGGUUAGAGCACUCAGGGAAUCGCUAGUUCAGGCAAAGGCAGAUCUUUCAACUUCAAAGCCGGAGGUUAAAAAUAUGGUGGAAACAUCUCAAACAUAUGACACUAUGCUACGGACACUCAACAAAAUGUUCGAUUUUCCCUACCCCCUGCUCUAAGGCUUGGAUCCAUGGCUGGAGAGUUUUUGAGUCUAAUUUAUUCAACAGAGAACAACUUAAUGGUGUACCGGAAAAACUAGAAGCACGCAUAUCCGAGAAGCGGUUUUUGACAGCCGUUGGGGUAUUAUCUGAUGCACUUAAGGUUAUAAAUCAACCAGAAAUGAUGGAGAUUGGUGCUUUAUCUGAUUUAAGGACAUAUCUGGGCAGUCAAGAAUCGGUAUAUAUGAUUUCGUACCCCUAACUGUUGAUUGUUGAUGGCUUCAAGCUUUGCUGAUAGCGUGCUUAGUCCCUCGCCGACAUCUUGAUUGAGGAGCUGCAUAACCAUCUUUACCUAAAGUCUCCAUACUGUACGGAUCGAUGGAAACCUUACUCCCCACAUCAGAAAGACUGUACGAUACUAUAGCUUCUUGGUUCUUGAAUCGAGACUAACAAAGCAUAAGUGACAAAUGCCGAUAUUUCUACAAUUGAUCUUAAUGAGAAGCAGGCUUCUAUCCCCUGUAUGGACACCCUUGCAUCCCAAGUAAUGUCUCCGUUUACUGACUCUGGCAAGCAUUAUUAAUGAAAGCUGGUGGAAAGAGACCACUACAUGUGUUUCUUGAUUCUGCAGAUUUCACACAGCCGGUAAGUCUCGUAAUGUCGUCUUGAUGACUACCCAUGCUGAUGCACACAGAUGAUAGAAGACGCAAAUGCGAAUAAGAAUCCGGAGGCCGAUAGUCUCUACUAUAUAAGGCUGCUUCUAGAAGCAUUAAAUAGCCUUGGCCACAUAUCUAAUGCCGUUGGAACCGUGAACCAGCGUCUACCGGUAGAGCUGUUUAAACUUGUUGAGAAGACUAAUAAUGAAGUUGAUCAACGGCAUCCAAGUUCCCUAACCGGCGUUGCCCGAUCCGUUGGGAAGUUCAUCAAAGCGCUCGACCUGGGUCUGAGCGAUAAUGAUGUUCGGGUCACUGUGAUACAUGACCUAUUAUGGACUCUAUACUCUAAGUUUGUAGCGGUUAUGGAGGGUCAUAGAGUAAUUUAUGAUGUCGUUAAGGGUAUCAGCAGAAGAGACGGCUCCCAAGAUGUAGCGUCAUUAGCAGGCGGUUUUAUGGAAGUCUGGCAACUAAUACAGAGUGAGGUACAUAUGUACUGCUGAAAAGCUUUUUAGAAUUCACACGCUAACAUUUGUAGAUGCGGUCCCUGCUCCAUGAUUACCUCACCAUGGCCGACAGUCGGAGUGUGUCAAGUUCCCCUAAAGGCAUUCAUCACGCUAUCAAUAACAUCGUUACUGGAAAGACGACUCGAGACAAGAAUAAGAUCUUGUUUAAGUUAUCAAGUACCGACAGCAGUUCAGCUUCAAUUAAAAAGGAUCAGGACGACUUAGAGUCUAUUCUAAAAGCCUCUGUGCCUGGCCUCGUUUCUGAAUCUCUUCGACCCGCCACAACCUCUUCAGACAUAAAUACAUCCUCUGAUGGCGCUGCGACUGGGCACAAGCUACUGAUUGAACCAAGUGUCUUCAAUAUGGGGCUCCUUCUUCCUCCAUCACUCGCGUUUCUCAGCCGUAUCAAAGAUAUUGUUCCUGCAGGCUCUGGAAUUGUACUUAGCACUCUGACUUCCUUUUUGGAUGAUUUCUUAGUCAACGUGUUUCACCCUUCAUUAGAAGAUACCAUCCGGGACCUUUUCAAUCAGACAACUAGUGAUCUUGAUGCUUUCCAGCAGGAUCCUCAGUGGGCGUCAGUCGCAAAUAAGCCUGUUAUAAAGGGCGCAACAGCUUUCUUUGGGCUUAUAACCGCGUUGUGCAAGAUGCUUGAUACCAUUCCUCCUGAUCAAGCUUUUGGACAAUUGACUAUUGACUUGCUUAACUCGUAUUACGAAAAGUGCUAUGAAUGGUAUAAAGGUAUAUCCCGAUUCAUCCCUGGCCAUUUGAAAUCAAUUAACAGGACAAAAAAAAUCUAGAGCUUGUUGCGAGACAUCGGGCUGCCCCAGAAGACGGAGCCGCGCCAAUGUUGGAUAUGAAGCGAAGUGCCCAAUGGGCACGCGUGGAAAACAUUCACUCUGCCAUGGGUGAUCUCUGGACUGGGGAUAAAGAGGCUGAAGCAAUUAGAAAGGUUUGCAACCCUUCAAUUUCCGAGUAACCUGAUUGUUCACAACUGCUACAGGAGACCGAAGUUGAACUUAAAGAGCAAGAAGGCAAAGCACUUACUCCUGCUGAUCUUAUUACCGAUCGCAAAGUCAUAAAUUCUUUAUGCAUUCUUUAUUCCAGCAUGAAAUGGUUGGCCAGCAAUGUUGUUCAACUUCGACAUGUGGAAGAUACAGAGAGCUUUUCUCGGCAGGAAGGGGGACUCUCCGGGGUUUGCUUUAGCCUUUAACUUCAGGAGGAGCUUAUUUCUAAUUCUUCAAUAGCGCCGGAAGCGACGCUGGACUUUGAUUUCAGGAGAAUCUUCAAUGCUUCUCGAUGAAACAGCAAAACCGAUAUACCUCCCCAUGACUGCUGAAACCGUCAGGUACAAAAUUCUCUAGGCCUGGGAACAGCCGGAUAAGCUAACCUCUAGCAGUGGAUUUGACGGUGUGGUGAAUUCCUUCCAGGAACUAGCCAAUACCAUUCUUUUCACCUUGCGAGCCGAGGCUCGGUGUCACGUACUUUAUUAUCUAGGCAUAUGCAUGAAAGAGGGCAACUACUGUCUCGACAGUCCUGUAAACACUCCUGAUUCUAACAUCCUGACCCUUAACGCGGACCUGGUCUGGUUUGACGAGGACAUCUCACACCUUCUCCGCGACAAAGAAACCAAGUAAGUUAACCCUUGCUCCUCAUCCUGUCAGAACAGCCACUAAUCGGUGCUCCCGCUACAGAUUUUUAGUCAAAGGCCUCGGUGCAAUAAUAGAUCACCUCCUAGUAGCCAACGCAAACUACAUCAGAAUCAUCAAUAAAGAGGGCGUAGAGCGCAUGCAACUAAACAUCCUAGUCCUUCAACAAAAUCUCAAAAACAUAGAGACAGGCGGAGAGUUAGUGCGGGCCUCGACCUUUUACGCACUCUACGCUGGCGGUAUGGAGGUAAUGUAAACCAGACUCCUCAAGGUAUCACUAGUCUAACCAAGUCAACGUCUAACUCCCCAAAUCUCAACUAGAACCUGAUCAAAACAGCAAAAGAGGGUAAGAUCGGUUUCAGUUACGACGAUCUAAAAGUCCUUGUCGAGUUGUACUUCUCUGAGGCCAUGAGCAACCGUCGCGAAUCGGCGUCUGCCCUACAGGCGCGGAGGUCGUUGAAUGAGAAUUUAUUGGCUUUGUCAGAAAUUAUGUGGACUUUAUGAUUUUAGGGUGUCCUAAGGCAAAAAAAAAGUAAGCUGAUUGAUCGACUGACUAAUCUGCACUAUUUGGAAUUUUACUUGUUUCUUUUCGUGGAAUUAUUUCUCUCUAUACCUGACUACGCAUCCCGUUUUCGUGUUGACUUAUCAAGCUUUUCUUCUGCCCUUGCUUUGUCGCCACGAGUCGUAAGUUUUUUUUGGGGGGUCUACCGUGGAUAAUGGCAAUAAUAAGAUGUCGGGUGGGGGGUUAAGCAUAUUUUCGUCUUUUUUAAUGGAGAGAAAGGGGGAGCGAAAAUGGCCUCUAUCGUUGGUAGGUAUAUUUUUUAGUAAUUUUAAUGAAAUGUGGACGGUACUUGUGCUUGAGCGAAGGAUAGUGGGAUUUGUGAGGGGAUUGACCCCAUUUACCCCCGGUUUAAUGCAAAGGGUCUGCCUAAAUACUCAAUGAGUCCCAUGUAUGAUUAUCGCUCCUACAGUGGGUAUAUUUGGUAUAAUAUCAUACUUUGCUGUGCCCGAGUGAGAUAUGAUGACAAACUAUUUGCACGCGAAAGCAAUCUACAGAGAAAUUCGUAUUUCUAUGAACACGGUGCGAUAGCAUAGCCUUCUACAACCCGCAAAGCACAUUUCGGAGUGUCGUCUCCAUUUGUGUCCAGAUAUGCUGUCCACAUUUACAGGACGGAGAGUUCGCCGAAUUUUUCCUAGUUGGUUGGUUAGGGAGUACACAAAUAAGACAGAAGGGGGAAGGACGAACCUUGUAUCCAGCUGGCAUCCAGCGGCCCUUAGAAACCAUAUCUGCAGUCCGGGUAUCGAUAUCAGGACGAGCUCUGGCGAUGUCGUCCUGCAAGUAAUAACAUGAUGGAUCAGCAACCAAUACAUCUUGAAAUGCUCACAUAGAAUCCCCCGUCCCAAGUAGCUAUAUAUGGUGUGAGAGGGAAGUCCGCAGACAUACCACCGUCAAGUCCUCAAACGGCCUAGCCUCCUCAAUAUUCUUGAGUGUCUUCUCCAGCUCCUGUAACUCCACGUCCACCCUGCCCUUCGUCGCCUCAGCAUUCUUGACAGCCUCAGCCUCGAACGCCUCAAUUGUCUUGAGUUGCUUAUUCAGGUCGUAGGUGGCGGGCUUGAAUGAGGUGUACGCCUUUUCGAUCUCGUCAACGACGGCCUGGUUCUUGAGAAUGGCGCGGUAAUGAUUGAAGUCGACUUCC